AUGGCUCAAGAACAACAAUCUGCGGAAUCCAGCCCGGGGAGGCAGGAGGGCAACUCCGACCGGAACAACCUCAACCAAGAAAGCCUUGGCUACCGCGAGUACAGGUUGAUCGAAAAGUGGAUGCCCACCGUGGACGCCAUCCGCGUAGCCACGAGCGCCGCCUUCCCCUCCAGCCCGCGAGGUCCAGGCUUCCACCGCUACUGGCACGCCGUCUUCACGCCCCUGCUCGCCUCCGUCGCCGCCGACCCCUCCAUCCCCGACCACCUGACCCAGCCGCCCAGCCCCCGCUUCAUCGUCAACGUCUUUGACCACCCCCAUAAGUUGUGUUGCCCGUGCUCCCUCCCCGAGGUCCAGCCCAGCAUCGUGCUGGAACGCCCGGAUGGCGUGCGCAAGACGGAUUUGGUGCGCGGCGUGCGGGAUUUCUUGUAUGGUGCUGGUGCUGGUGGUGGGGGCGGUGCUGCGGCUGCGGCUGGGGCGGGGACGGUGAGGGUGAGGGUGUACCGCGCUGAUGAGUGGGAUGAGCAUGAGGGAGAUGUUAUGGCGGAGCCGUUGUUGUAUGCUUGGGAUUGGAUGAGCGGGGGAUGGGACGACGACGGGCAGCGCGUGUCGUUUUAUCAUGUUGGGGGGGAAGCGCCGCACGUGUAUACGUAUGCUUGUCCAGUGGGAGAAUAUGGGAGGAAGAUGGAGCAGGACACUGAAGAUGACGAGCCUGAGCUCUUAGGAUUUACCCGGAGUUUGGCUACUUGA